AUGCCCCACUACCACCGCUGCAGGCUGCCAGUGCCGCGGCCAGGCCAGGUGCUGGGUCUGGUGGGCACGAAUGGCAUUGGCAAGUCAACGGCGCUCAAGGUGCUGGCAGGGAAGCUCAAACCCAACCUCGGGCGAUUCAGUAACCCCCCCGACUGGCAGGAGAUUCUGACCUACUUCCGAGGGUCGGAGCUUCAGAACUACUUCACUCGCAUUCUGGAGGACAACCUCAAGGCCAUCAUCAAGCCGCAAUACGUGGAUCACAUUCCCAAGGCGGUCAAGGGGUUGGUGGGCGUGGUGCUCACAGAGAAGGACGAGCGUGACGCCAAGGACGAGCUGUCGGAAGUGCUGGAGCUCAAGCAGGUGUUUGAUCGUGAGGUGGAGCAUCUGUCGGGUGGGGAGCUGCAGCGGUUUGCCAUCGGCGUGGUGGCGGGGCAGCUGGGAGACAUCUACAUGUUCGAUGAGCCCUCCAGCUACCUGGACGUGCGGCAGCGGCUCAAGGCAGCGCAGGUCAUCCGCUCGCUGCUGCGCCCUGACAGAUACGUGAUUGUGGUGGAGCACGAUCUCAGUGUGCUCGACUAUCUCUCCGACUUCAUCUGCUGCCUCUACGGCAAGCCGGGCGCCUACGGGGUGGUCACGCUGCCCUUCUCAGUGCGAGAGGGAAUCAACAUCUUCCUGGCUGGCUUCGUUCCGACUGAGAACCUGCGCUUCCGAGACGAGUCGCUCACCUUCAGGGUGGCAGAGACUCCCGUUGAAAACCCAGAUGAGGCAAAGACGUACAAUCGGUACAAGUACCCGCGCAUGGUGAAGAAGCAGGGCGGGUUCAAGCUGACGGUGGAGCCGGGUGACUUCACGGACUCACAGAUCGUGGUGAUGCUGGGGGAGAACGGCACUGGCAAGACCACCUUCAUCCGCAUGCUGGCUGGUCUCUUGAAGGCGGAUCCAGAUGAGGAAACCGGCAAGGAAGCCGAGGAUCUUCCCGAGUUCAACGUGUCGUACAAGCCGCAGAAGAUCAGCCCCAAGUUCCCCCACAGCGUGCGCGCGCUGCUGCACUCCAAGAUCCGCGACUCCUUCCACCACCCGCAGUUCAACACCGACGUGCUGCGCCCCAUGCAGAUUGAUCCUUUGUUGGACCAGGAGGUGGUGAAUUUGUCGGGUGGGGAGCUGCAGCGCGUGGCCAUCACGCUCUGUCUCGGAAAGCCUGCGGACAUCUACCUCAUUGACUAG